UAUAUAUGUCCCUCUGUACUCUGCAAAGAGUUCACUGAGUGUACUUAACCCGUUCUUUAGAAUUGGAAAGAUUAUUUGUUUCCGGUUCCAGCAAUGAAGCAAAAGAUCGUGAUGAAGAUCCCGAUGAACGGCCAGGAGGGUCGGCAAAAGGCCUUAGAAAUUGCCACAAAAAUAGGAGCUGUGGAGUCGAUAGCGAUACAAGGAAAAGAAGGAGAUCAGCUAGUGGUGAUCGGCACGGGAGUGGACGUGAUAAAGUUGCUACAGGCGUUGAGAAAGAAGCUAAAGCUCCGCGCGGAUAUAAUUUCGGUCGAAGAGGUGAAAGACGGGGACGAAGCGAAAUCGGCGGAAAAAAAAGCUCCAUCUGCAACUUCAGAAGCAAUUUACGUUCACUACCCACCGUAUACGUAUCCGACGUAUAGUAUGGGGUACGAUCCGGUCCCGAAUACUUGUUCCAUCCUGUAGCGAGUUUUCAAUAUUAGUCACGGUGUGCUUGUGUGUUUACAUCAUCCUUGUGAACUAUAUGUUUAGCUAUGUAUAAAUAUAUAUGUUUUCGUCGUGUAUAAGCAAGGUACCAUUAUAAUCAUGUAAUUAAGUUUGCAUAUGGGGUAAUAUUAUUGUGUAAUGGUAUGUAUUUUUCUCGUUUAUUA